AUGACGCAUCGCCCCUGCAACGCCGUGGCCGGGUGCUUUGUUGUAUGGCUUUGCAUUCUCGUGCCGAAGCCGAGGCCGGUCCUCUUUGCGAGCCUCCGGCUGGAUGCGCGGGCGCUUCAAGAUCUGCGCGCUGGCCGCGCGCGGAACAGCACAAAGCAGGUUGUUCCGAAACGGCGGCGAUUCGCUCCCAAUUCCCCGGCAGAGCGACUGCUGUGGACUCUAGGUUGUGAACUGUGGUCCGCUGGCCGCGACAUGGCGCUGGCGGGCGGCUCUGUAGCCAAAGGGGAGAUCGGUGCUUCCCCCGCCGAGUUCCUUUCUGGGCCUACAGCCACGACGUCUCACCUACCAACCUUUCUGGGCAAUGGAGGCAGCGCUCUGCAGGACGCGGGAGCUGCGCUGCUGGAUGGCGCCUGGCGACGAGCCUGGCGUCGUCUGGAGGCGGCGUCGAGGACCAGCCAAGAAUACUGGCCUGCGUCAGGUUUUACCGGUCUCAUUGACCUGGUCUUCAUUGUGGCUGACACCCUUUGCAGCUAG